AUGGCUAAAGUUGUUCAGAUGCCAAGGAAAAAGACCUUGUGUGGUAGGGAGAAUCGUGAUAAAGCUAAGUUACGUAUGAGGGAAAAGAGGCAGCAACGGUCCCUUCCCUUGUCAGAUGUCCUACCAGAUGACACCAAAGCAGUAUCUGAUGUCCCUUGCAGGACAGAAGAUGGGGUUGUUACAGCUCCACCCGGUAAUCUUCCGGGGCAAGGCUUUAUAGGGUUGCCGCCUUUUGAGGGAAAACCCUUGGCCAGGAUGCAGGCCUCUCUUCGUGAGAAAAUGCAUCCAACUGCCCUGAGUAAUGCAUCUUCUCAGGGAAGUCGUCUGUGUGCCCGAAACGGAGGCAUGGCACCGUCCCCUGACUCCCCACCGUGGGUUUGUACCUCGCCGAGGGUACCUGAGCCGGACACCGUGCACGUGUCUGGCUCAGCAGGUCAGGCGCAGCUGGAUAUGUCAUCUUCCAAGGGGGAUGAGUCCAGCAGGAGAUUGAUUGAUGCAAACCAGAGUAAAAGAACGAGAUCUAAAAGGAAUACUAAAAGGAAUUUACAUGAUGAAAAUGAGAAUUUAGAAAAUGAGAAUUUGUACAAUUUGUAUGAGAACAGUAAAUCAGAAUGUAGAAUUCAAAGACAUUGUAAUGGUGGACCAGUUGAUGCUGAUGCUUGUAUUGGUGAUAGCGGACCAGUAACAACAAUCAAGGUAUCUGUUCAAGGUUCUUUUCAUCAGGGUAACUUGAUGUUUGGCGAAAAUGCAGGAACACAAUGUGUCGCAAACUCCUUAGCAGCAUUAGCAUAUCAUAAAAUAAAAAACUCAAAACAAUGGCAAACUUCAGAUAUGAAUAAAGUGUUGGAAACAGGCGAUGAGCUUUACACAUACUUGCAGCGUAGUUCAACCAUUGUUAGUCGAUAUCUUUUAGUUGAUGAGUUGCCGCAAUUUUUUGAGUGUUUUGAUACAAUGUUCGAGUUCAAAGCACAUGAACCUUUAUGCAGUCUGAUAAAUUUGUCUGAUGCAGAGCCCAAUUAUGAUGAAUUUAAUGCACAUUCAUUGUUAGAUGCACUGCAGAUUGCUCUUGGAGAAUCAAGUGGGUGUUUUGUGUGUUUCAGGGGAAAUACAUUUCUGGUUGGAAAAACAGAAGAUGGUUAUUUUACAUUUGAUUCACAUUCAAGAACAUCAUCAGGGUGUAUGAGUUCAAAUGGAAAGAGUACAAGGAUACUAUAUCAAUCAGUUUACAACAUUUGCAAUCACAUUUUGUCAUUAGCAUUAUCAAUGGGAUUUUCUGGAAUUACUCAAUGUGAAAUAACAAGGGUGGAUUGUUCAGUUAGGCACUUUGCAUCUACUGAUAAAACUGAGCACUUAGAAAUCGCUCAGAAAAAUGAAGACCCAAAUAUGGCAUUCCAAGAAAACGCAAACAUUUCUAUUGUACAUACUGAGUCAGUUGAGGAUGAUGAUGUUGAAUUUGUUUACUACAGUGAAAGUCAAAAUAUUACAUUUUUUCCAAUAUCUCAAAGUAUAAAAGAACAGCUUUGUCAGAUUAUGGGAAUACCACAUUCAAAUAGAAUUGAUAAUGAUGUACAAAAUUGUCAUGUUCGAGAGGUGGGUGCACCUAUUGAGUGUGUUGAAAUUCAAAGGGAUGGUAAUUGUUUCUUCAGAGCUAUUUCAUUUUGUUUGACUGGAUUGGAGGAUUAUCACUAUGCAAUUCGAUCAAUAGUGUGUCGACACCUUCUCCGCAAUAGUAUAUUGUUCAAACCUUUUGUUAGACAGGCAGAAAGUUCUGUAGAAAAUCAUUUUUCUCUAACAAACAUGUCAAAUGAUGGUUCGUGGGCAACUGAACUAGAAAUACUUGCUGUUUGUCAUCUAUUGAGCAUUGAUAUACACACAUAUACAGAAAAUCAUUGGAUUACAUACUCAAGACAAUUGAUGGAACCUACUACGAAUAUUCAGUCUAUAGGGUCAAUUUAUCUAGAUCAUGAGAAUCUGAAUCAUUAUAAUGUAGUGCUGACAGUUGCUGAGAAUGAAAAAAUUGGUCCCAUAAAAACACAUACUGGUAAAGAGGAAUACAGGAAAAGAUGCAGAAAUCGAAACCGCAUGAGGAAUGUACGUGUCAUUUCAUCAACAAACAAAUUAGGCAAAGAUCAUGAAUUCAAACUGAAGAAUGUAAAUUGUAAGGAAAAGAGAUUAAGAUCAAAAAAUCUUAAGUACAAGAAUGACUUGGAAUUUAGAUUAAAGGCAAUCGCAGAUGGAAAAUAUAGAUAUAGAUGUAAUGAAAUUUACCAAGCAAAAGCAAAAGAAAGGAGUGUGGAAAAAUACUCUUUGGAUGCAGAACACAAGUCGACACUGAAGGAGGCAAGCAAAAGAAAGUAUAAAACUGAUGAAGAUCAUAAACAAUAUAUGAAGAAAAGAAGCAUUGAGAAAUAUAGUUCAGAUGUAGUGCAUAGAGAGAGUGUAAAAGAAAGAAGUACAGAAAAAUACAAGUGUGAUGAAGUACACAGAAUGAAUGCUAAACAAAGAAGUACAGAGAAGUACAAGAAUGAUGAAGUUCACCAAAUGGAUGUUAGACAAAGAAGUACAGAGAAGUACAAGAAUGAUGAAGUACACCGAAUGGAUGUUAGGCUAAGAAGUACAGAGAAGUACAAGAAGGAUGAAGUACACCGAAUGGAUGUUAGGCACAGAAGUACAGAGAAGUACAAGAAUGAUGAAGUACACCGAAUGGAUGUUAGGCACAGAAGUACAGAGAAGUACAAGAAUGAUGAAGUAUAUAAACAGAAGGUAAAGACAGAUAAUAAAAUAAAAUAUCAUUUUAGUGCUGAUGAGAAAAAGAAGAAAAAAGAGACAGUUUUUAAUCAGAGAAGAGCACUGAAAGAAAAGCUUGAAGAUGAAGAAGAAGUUUUGGCAUUUUUCAGAGAAAGUGUAAGAAAUGGUCCAGAAUACACAUGUUGCUGUUGUCAUCGUUUAUUGUUUCAACACCAAGUUCAAGGAUGUACUCUUGAAAUGUACAAAGAAAGAAAUCAAGCACGUGAAAUAGCAAAGGAAUGUAUACAAAAGCAAUAUUGUCAUGAGUGUACAUUGUCUUGUCCAAUGCAUUGUGCACAGUCAUCAUUGUGGAUAUGUUUUACUUGUCAUAGGAAAAUAUUAAGUGGUAAUAUUCCAGCAGAAGCAGCUGUUAAUAAAAUGUCACUGGAGGAAAUUCCUAAUGAUUUAGGUAAUUUAAACAGUUUGGAGCAGCAUUUAAUUGCUUUGCAUAUCCCUUUUAUGAAAGUUAUGGCUCUUCCAAAAGGUGGUCAAAGAAAUGUACAUGGGCCCGUUGUUUGUGUGCCAUCAAAUAUAAAAAAGGCAACAAGUUUACCAAGAAGUCACGAUGACAAUCUCUUGUUAAGAGUUAAACUGAAACGCAAACUAGCUUACAAGGAAUAUUAUGAAUACCAAUUUGUCAAUCCAAAUCACAUAAACAUGGCUCUUGAUUAUUUAAAGAAAAAGAACAAAUGGUAUCAGGAUGUUAAAAUCAAUACCAAUUGGGAGGAAAAUAGUGACCAAAAUGAUUUGCUACCUGAUGAGACUACUGAAUAUGAAGACGAGGAAAUGAAAGAAGGUGAGAUUGAUCAGACUUCAGAGGUUGUUACUGAUACAUGCUUACAGCCUGUGGAUGUUGCGCAAGAAGUUCUCGAUCAUUACUUUGACGAUAUUUAUAAUAUAGCACCAAGUGAAGGAAAAAAUCCAAUUCGAAUGUUGCAAGAAGAAGGUAACAAAGCAAAGACUUUUCCACAUUUAUUUCCAAGUGGAAACUUUUCCUGGAAUGAAAAUCGAGAUGUAAAGAUAACUCUAUCAAGAUAUUUUAACAACAGACUUAUGAAUGCAGAUAACAGAUUUGCUAAAGACACAAAUUACAUCUUCUUCUCUCAAUACAUGUCAGAAUUAAACCAAGUAAUUGAGAAAACACAAAUUUCAAUCCGAAAGUCUUUAUCAAAGCUUGAUACUGGAAAGGCAAUGACAUCUGAAAUGUUACAGAAUCCAGAUGUUCUGUCUAAUCUCCUUAAGAAUAAUGAGGCUUUACGCUUUAUGCAACCUAUUCGAGGAACUCCUGCGUAUUGGUCAGCUACUCAGAAAGAUCUUUUUGCAAUGCUUCGACAGCUAGGUAUUCCAACUUGGUUUUGUUCAUUUUCGGCGGCUGAGUUCAGAUGGGAUGAAAUUAUUGGAUCAAUUUUGCAUCAUGAUAAUGAUCCUAGAUCCCCGUCUGAUUUAGAUUGGUCAGAAAAAAGUGAAAUUUUGAGAAGCAAUCCAGUUACUGUGGCAAGAAUGUUUGAACAUAGAUUCCAUAUGUUUCAAAGGCAUGUAAUUUUAUCACCAUCAAAACCAAUAGGGAAUGUUAUUGACUAUUUUGUGAGAGUAGAAUUUCAACAAAGGGGUUCUCCACACAUGCACUGUUUGUACUGGGUUGAGAACCCACCGAAAAUUGAUGAAGACACUGAGGAAACUGUUUGUGAUUUCAUUGAUAGAUAUAUUACAUGUGCUUUACCUUGUGAAAAUGAUGACGCAGAGCUUCGAAGAAUUGUUCUAGGUGUUCAACAACACAGCAAAAGUCACUCAAAAUCCUGUAGGAGAAAGGGAACAGACUGUAGAUUCCACUUUCCAAGACCACCAUCAGAAAGAACAUUUAUCACAAGGCAAAGUGAAAAAGAUAUUGAGGAGUUGGAGGAUGGCAAAGGUUUGUCUAAAUCUCAAGCAAAAGAUAUUUUGUUGCGUGUUUGGGAUGAAGUUCUUGAUGAUAUGAAUGGAUGCAAGACAACAGAGGAAAUAUUCUCCAAUAUACAGUUAUCUGGGAGUCUUAUGAAGAAGCACAUAGGGUAUUAUCUGCAAAAUCAACUACUAUCUUGA